UACUUGUGAUUACGUAUUUAUUGUAUAGAUCGAGUAAGAUGGAAGCGAUGGGUUUGCCUCAAGGCUAUGAUGCCAGUGAGCCAGGAAAUAUCUUUGAGGCGCUUAGUACGGAUCCUGACAGGUUGAAACUUGAUGCUUUCCUGUACGGAAUUUCCCAUCAACAUCAUUUAGCACUAGAGCGCACCAGACAAACGAAUACGGAAACUGCAGGCAAGAGAAUUGUGUCUGAAAUUCAUAAUUUCCUGGAAGAAGAUGUUGACUUGAAAGAUACGCACUUCAUGUGUAUUGCUGGGGCACUUAGUGCAUCGUUGGAGGUGUGGUGUCCUAAGAGAACUUGGAAUGGAGAAAAUGAGAGAGUUGCUUGUUUCGGUGGUAUAAGCAUUUACAAAAGAGAUUUGAAUACACUAAAUGAUAAUAGUUGGGUAUGCGACACCAUCGUAGACGUCCUGUCAAGGCACUACCCAAAAAUCUAGGUGUAGCUGAAAUAAAGGACGAAAGUCACUCUAAAUGCAUGGCUAAUGUGUCAAAACAUUUACAUUCUUAUUUAUAGGUACUACUGUAAAUUAGCAGAAAAAAGAAAUGCAAAAUAUUCCGCAUUUAGCAAUUUUUUUCAAAAGAAACUGUUAAUAGAUGGACCUCCAGGAGAAAGACCGCUGAGAUUAUCAG